AUGACCGACGACAGCGCUGAUUCACUCAAUGAUGUCGUCACGCAAUUUACCUCUUACGAAGACUUUCUGGAUUCCAAAAUAACAGCUUCUGCUCUGUACUACCUAGAGGAUGAAGAGCUGGCCAGGCAGCUGGUGGAGUUAGGCCAAUGGGGCACCGUUCUCACGCGCGAGGAGUUUCAGUCCCGCAAAGUUUCUCCAUCGCUGAGGAACCAGCACCGGACACUGGCAAGUGCAGGAAAAGAACUGAAAGACAAUUUCCUGAAAGCUCUGGCAGAGAGAGAGGAGAACAAUCGCAAUGGAAUAUUGACUUCCAUUAUUUUCAUAAGGGACCGAAACGCUGGCGUGCAGGAAGUCUCGGGCUAUAUAGACUACGCCCACAGACUGCAAACCGAGGACUUUGAAGCGUACUUCAGCGGAAAGAAGAGACUGAUGCCAAGACGGUCCGACUUGAGCUUCUACAACUGGAGGACCCAAAUGUCCACAUCUCACAGCAGUCCAAACUAUGAAGUGAUCACAGACCAGCCCUCAGGCCUGGUCUUCCAGAACAAGACGGACCGCAAGGUCCUGGAGCUCAACCCAUGGGCGGCGUCAAGUGACAACUGGUCCAGGAGUGAGGUGAAGAGUGAUCUCUAUGUCCAGGUCGUUAUUUACGACCACAAAACACGGAGCACCACUCUGACCCCUUACCCCGCACAAUAACCCUACCCUACCCUAUGACCACUGUGAUCAGCCACAUGUGAUCACAGCCGAGGUGCUUCU